GAUACGAUUACAUACGAUUCGUCAAACUACAGCCACUAAUACCUCCCUCCCAUCAAUCCAUCAAUCCGCCAAUCUAUCAACAUUAACCCUAGAUUCGAUCUAGACCUUUAUAGAACUCAUCGUGAAGAAUCCAAUCCGAGUAAAUGUAAACAAGACUAUAGCUGAGGUUGGAAGAUGAAUGCGACUCGGGCUUCUGUGUCCGUGAACUCCCCAAAUCUCCAACGAAUCCUUCUAUUGCUUUUCGGUAUAUCUUCAGCGAUGGAUUCGAACUGCACUGCCACCAUGAAACAAUUAUAUAACAAUAGGCCCAUCUACACGUUGCCAGCUGCCUUUAAUGGGAAUGAUCUUGUGCGGGUUCCCCAUCGUGAUAUCUCAUCCGUUCGAUCCGCGAAUCAAACAAUGAGGCGCGAUUGAUCUCGCGACUGAAUUUACCUAGAAUAACCGCC